CGGCCCCCCAGCCCGGGCGCCCCGGGAGCGGCGCGCGGAGGGAGGGAGGAGGGCGGGCGGGCGCGGCGGGCCGGGCCGGCGGGCGGCGGACUAUGAGGCGCCCACCAUGGUGCGAUGCGACCGCGGGCUGCAGAUGCUGCUGACCACGGCCGGAGCCUUCGCCGCCUUCUCGCUCAUGGCCAUCGCCAUCGGCACCGACUACUGGCUCUACUCCAGCGCGCACAUCUGCAACGGCACCAACCUGACCAUGGACGACGGGCCCCCGCCCCGCCGCGCCCGCGGCGACCUCACCCACUCGGGGCUGUGGCGGGUAUGCUGCAUCGAAGGGAUCUAUAAAGGGCACUGCUUCCGGAUCAAUCACUUCCCAGAGGACAAUGAUUAUGACCAUGACAGCUCGGAGUAUCUCCUUCGCAUCGUGCGUGCCUCCAGCGUCUUCCCCAUCCUCAGCACCAUCCUGCUGCUGCUCGGCGGGCUCUGCAUCGGCGCCGGGAGGUUCUACAGCCGCAAGAACAACAUCAUCCUCAGUGCCGGCAUCCUCUUUGUGGCUGCAGGCCUCAGUAACAUCAUAGGCAUCAUCGUCUACAUUUCCAGCAACACCGGUGACCCAAGCGACAAGCGCGACGAAGACAAAAAAAACCAUUACAACUACGGCUGGUCUUUUUACUUCGGAGCCCUGUCUUUCAUUGUGGCUGAGACCGUGGGCGUCCUGGCUGUAAACAUUUACAUUGAGAAAAAUAAAGAGUUGAGAUUUAAGACCAAACGGGAGUUCCUUAAGGCUCCCUCCUCGUCUCCCUAUGCCAGGAUGCCGAGCUACAGGUACCGGCGACGGCGCUCGAGGUCCAGCUCCAGGUCCACCGAGGCCUCGCCCUCCAGGGACACGUCUCCGGUGGGCCUGAAGAUCACCGGGGCCAUCCCCAUGGGCGAGCUGUCCAUGUACACGCUGUCCAGGGAGCCCCUCAAGGUGACCACGGCCGCCAGCUACAGCCCCGACCAGGAGGCCAGCUUCCUGCAGGUGCAUGACUUCUUCCAGCAGGACCUGAAGGAAGGCCUGCACGUCAGCAUGCUGAACCGGCGGACGACCCCCGUGUGAGCACCCCUCUCUCCCAAGGAUGGCCGUUUGCAUCCCACAGGAGGGCCUCUGACCCUGUAGGCGGGCCAACAGUGGACUGAAGCCAAACCCAACCCUCCCUGGUCUCGAGACAGUAACCCAAGCUGGCUUAGAGCGAAAGCACCAGGAGACAGGAAUCAGGAGUGGAAGGCUGACUUUGUCCUCACAAAGGGUGUUUUGGGGCCCCAGGGGUUCUGAAGUCCCCCAGGAAGCCCAAGAGCUCUCCUGAGGCUGCACAGCCUCGACCAACCUGGGAAACAAAAUUGAGCCAUUAUCCCCUCUUGGAGACAGAUGUUGCCAGAAGGCUGGGCUCUCAGGGCCUCCCCUCUAUCCCGGGCCUGAGCCACCAGGCACACAGGGGCCUUUGGACACUAGUCAGCUGCUUUUUCACCUGAGGUUCUUGUGUCCGUGAGCCAGAAACGAGGAAGCUGAAGCUCGCCCCCUUCCUCUCUGUCUGUCUGUCUGUCUCUCUCUCUCUGGCAGUGGCCUGUUGUGGAAAUAACAGUCAUCCUGAGCAGAAAGUCCUGCAGCCAGCUGGUGCUUGGCCUUUGUGCUGUCCUGGGGCCAGCUUCCCUCAGCCUGAGGAGACCGAGGCGGGUGGAAGAACCCACACUGGGGGAGGCCUUGGCCAGCCUGGGCAUGAGGUAAAGGCCGGAGUCUGUUGCUGGCUUUCCUAUCUGCUUCUGGAAGUUUCCGCCUCACACAGAAAGGGCACUGACUGUACUUGAGAGUCCGGAAGUAGGAGUCAGAGGAAAGGUGGCCAUGUGGCCUCUUGCUGUGUCCCUACCCACUGGCCUGAGGAGCAGCCCGUCCCUCCUCGGGGGGUUGGGGGGGACAGACCCCACCCCACCCCACUGGUGUUUGGCUACAGAAGCCUGAACUUUUGUACAAGAAAGGGAGACCGAGGGUGAACAGCGACCAAAAAAUCAGAACAAACAUCCAUUUCCUAGGUGGUUCCUCACCAUGAUUUACUGCAAAUAAAUGCCAGGAGAGCAAGUUCCAUUCAUUUCCUCGUCUUACGAAGUAGCAGCAACGCCUCCCCCUACUCCAAUUACUGGAAUUCAUUCUGCCACCACCUGAAAGGGCUCAGCGGAGGAGUCUGGAUGAAAAGCUGUGUUUGUCUUCCUCCUCACUCUCAAGAGGGACACCUGAGGACUCUGGAACCGAGGAGGCAGGUUCCAUGUUUGACGUUUUUCCAGCCCCCCCCGCCCCCCCGCCGCCCCGCCACCACCCAGGCAAACAGGAAGCGUGUCCGGGGUCAGAAGAGAAACUCUCUGGAACGUGGAACUUACCCUCUUUUAUAUAAAACACGCGCUUUCUAAAGAUAAAUCCUUUCUUACUUUUUGAGACUUGGUAAGCCAGUCUUGAGCAGUUGUCUGUGAUCCCGGUAGCUGUCGUACUUAGAAGUGACAAGCAAAUUCUUACCUCAGCCACCUGCUCACGGGCCCCUGGGUGGCCUUGGCCCCUGGGAGUUCAUUUCCGGCUCACGGUCAUCUCCAUCCUCCUUCAUCCCCAGCAAGGACAUCUCCACAUGUCCCGCCUCCAGCCGGCUGCCCCGUGUGCCGGCGAGCUGAGGCGCCCAGGGCCAGGCCCUUCAUGCUUGCUCGAAACCCUUUCCUCCCGUCCAGGUUGGCUUCGUGCGGUGGUUUGUCCAAGCAUGUACAGCGGUGAGUGCUGGAGUGUCAGGGCUCAUGGCCUGCCCCCGUGGUGGGCCCCCUACCCCUCUCACCCCCUCCUGCCCCACCCCCCACCCCUCUCACCCCCUCCACACCAUGAUAGCAUCCCACCAGGCUAGAAGGAAGGGGGAGAAAUCUGGGGACCUAUCAGCCAGCAAGGCCCCGAGACUUCUUGUGUCACUUCCAAAAGCAAGGCAGCCUUGCUGUUUCUUCCUUAUAAGCCACUUUCCCACCUGCCGCCCCAGAAGUUUCUAUCAUUUCAUGGAGAAAGCUGUGUUCCAAUGAAUCCUACCUCUUGCCCAGUCCCAGGCAGAGAACACGGGGCCCACUCUAGGGACCAAGAAAGAGUAGAAAGAAGUGACAAAGAGGGGCCGAAGAGCAGGGAGCAGAACAACCUCAGACCGCCUGGUCUUCACAGCCUUUCUCCCCACCGCCAUGCUAGGCUCCAGGACCCUCGUCUCUGCUUCACCCCCUCCUUCUCGCCACAUCCCAGCCGGGACUUGCCCAGGGGAGGGGGCAGAGCUGCCUCCCUGCCGCCUGUCGGUCUGAGACCUUGUGCCCACCGCGGGGAGAUGUGGUGGCCUGCACCCACCUCCUCACCAUCCUCCCGACCCACCACCCUCUCCAACCAGCCCUUGUGUGUUUUGCCAGUUAAGCACCUGUGAAUCCUGUACCUACUACUGGUUUCGGGUUGUUAGU